UGCAGGCCCGGCCCUGCCCGCUCGCUCGCUGACAGCGAGAGUUAGGGCGGAGGGAAGUGGGUCCGUCGGUCGGCCGGGAACGAGGCUCCGCCAGCUAGGCCCGCGCGGAAUCGUUGCCAUGGCAGCCGCUGCCGGGGGCGCGGACGAUGAGCCGCGUUCCGGCCGCUCGAGCUCUGAUGGCGAGUGCGCGGUGGCGCCGGAGCCGCUGACGGGCCCCGAGGGCCUCUUCUCCUUCGCCAGCUUGGGGGCCGCGCUGGGCAGCGGCACGGACCUCCCCGGUCGGGCGUCCGACGGAGCCCAGUCCCCGCUGCGCUACCUCCACGUCUUGUGGCAGCAGGACGCCGAGCCCCGCGACGAGCUGCGUUGCAAGAUCCCCUCCGGCCGGCUGCGGCGCGCCGCCAGGCCUCACCGCCGGCUCGGACCCACGGGCAAAGAGGUGCAUGCUCUGAAGAGGCUGAGGGACUCGGCCAACGCUAACGACGUGGAAACAGUGCAGCAGCUGCUGGAAGAUGGCGUGGAUCCCUGUGCAGCUGACGACAAGGGCCGCACAGCUCUGCACUUUGCCUCCUGCAAUGGCAACGACCAGAUCGUGCAGCUGCUCCUGGACCACGGGGCUGACCCCAACCAGCGAGAUGGGCUGGGGAACACGCCUCUGCACCUGGCGGCCUGCACCAACCACGUUCCUGUUAUCACCACACUGCUGCGAGGGGGUGCCCGUGUGGAUGCCCUCGAUCGAGCUGGGCGCACGCCCCUGCACCUGGCCAAGUCAAAGCUGAACAUUCUGCAGGAGGGACACUCCCAGUGCCUGGAGGCUGUGCGACUGGAGGUGAAGCAGAUCAUCCAAAUGCUGAGGGAGUACCUGGAGCGCCUGGGGCGGCACGAGCAACGGGAGCGGCUAGAUGACCUCUGCACCCGCCUCCAGAUGACCAGCACCAAAGAGCAGGUACACACCUCCGAGCUGAUAGAUGAUGCUGUCCCUGCCAGCCUCAGGCAGAGGGAGGCUUGGUAAACGUGACUGUGCCAGGGCCCCCAUCUCGCCUGCCCUCCCCAUGACAGAGGGAAGGGGAGCCCCCUUCUUUCCACAUUCAAGUUCCUUCCCCCCUCAACCCUCAACCAUCCCUUCCUGCCUCAUCUCCCACUGCUUCCACUUAAGAUAAAAAGCCAAAGCCAAACCAACUGCCGUCCAGUCAUUUCUGACUCAUAGCGACUCUAUAGGACAGAGCAGAACUGUCCCCUAGGUUUCCAAAGAGCAGCUGGUGGAUUUGAACUGCGAACUUUUUGGUUAGCAGCCAUAGCUCUUAACCACUGUGCCACCAGGUCUCCAAAGAUAGUGGAUCUGAAAUGGGACAAACCAGAAUUAAAACCUCAGCUCUGUUUUAGGCUAGUUCUGUGAUCUUGGGCAAGUUCUUUUACCUCUCUGAGCCUCAGUUUCUCCGUUUUCUCCAUCUGCAAACUCUAAAGCAGAUGAAACACUUUCCAGGGCCAAGCACACAGCAGUUGAUCAGUACAUCACUACCCUGUGGACACUCCCCCAACGUGUCCCACAGGCCCCUCAGUCUCAAUCUCGACGUCUCCCCUAAACUUGCCCCCCUCACUUGUCCUCAAUGCCAUCACCAGUCACCCAAGCCAGAUGUGUGAAUGUCAUCUGGACACUUCUUUCUUCCUCACCCCCAAUGUUCAGUCACCACAUCCCAACAAUUGUAUCCCGUGAACAGUCGGCCCAUCUGUCCACCUUGCCACCUGCUGCCAAUGUCUUGGCUCUCUCCUUCUCUCUGGGUUCUCACACCAGCCUCCUAACUGCUCUCCCUCCCCACACAAGCCUGCCUUAGCAGCCCGAGGUUCUGAAGAGCGAAAAUGAUCAAGUCGCUCCUUUGUGUGAAAUCUUUCAGUGGCUCCCCAUUGCUCUUGGGACAAAGUACAAUCUCAGCUUCGGACAAAGUACAAUCUCAGCUUCGGAUGCCUUUGGAACUGGUCCCCCUCAUCUCCCACCCCAUUUCCUGCUAGUCUCCCAUAUGCCAUUUUCCAGCCCCUCGGGUGGCAAGCUGUACUUGACUACACGCUGCGCACCCGUCAUUUCCAUCUCUCUCUUCCCCUGUCCUACUUAACUUCAGGACUUGGCUUGGGUGUUACUCCCCAAGCUGAGUUAGGGGGUCUCCUCUGGGCUCCCACAAUCCCCUUCUGGAUCUUUCCUUCAUGCAGAAGAGCCCUGUUCCUAGUGGUGCUCAUAUGUGAAUGCCACAGGAGUAUCCCUAAGAGGUUUGCACAAACAGAAGGGGGAGAGGGCUGCAGAAUUCAGAUCUCCCUCCAACCAAGAUGGGCUCCUCCCUGGGCCCCCAGGCUGCCCCAGGCCCAGCCUUAGACCUUGCAGAGGGCUCAGCUCGGGUGAGUUCUCCUGGGCACUUAGGGGCAGCGGCCAGGGCUCAUUCAGCCUCAGUUCCAGCCCCUGCUGCCUGCCUCUCUGGCUCUACCGGACACAUGGCUCUCCCCUAACCAAAUGACCAGGACCAUCUGUUCCUCUGAGCCUUCCAUUAGCCCCCUGAAGGAGUCCCAGGAGCCUCGGGGGCCAAGCUCAGGCCCUGCAGCAGGCCAUCAAUCUUCUUGGCAAAAAUAAUUUCCCUAGCCCUGGUCCAGGCCCUUGUUGGCUUUCCUGGCUAGGACCCACAGAGCAGCCUCUGGAUUAAUCUCCUCACUUCCAGCCUGGUCCUUCCACCUCAGCCUCUCCAAGCAGCCUGCCAGCCUUUCUGAGCUGCCCAUCUCAUGGGGCCUUUCCUCUCCUGAAAACCUUCCAUGACAGCACCAUCUGCCUGAAGGAUGAAGUUUCUGUAGCUAGCAUAGAAGGCCCUCAUGAUCUUACCCAUCCCCACCCUGCUUCAGAGACAAGAAUCCACGUAUUUCUCCGAGUACCCUACCUUGGCACAGGCUGUUCUCUCACCUGGCAUGCCCUUCCUCCACCUUUUUCUGGGGGAAUACUUAAUAAAUGUCACCUUCUCUGGGCCUCCUGCCUAGAUUGCCCUAGGAACUGUGUGUUCUUCUGUUAUGGCCCCGUCACACAGUGCUGUCCUUUCUUCUUUUGGGUGUCUGUCUCUCCAGCUAGGCUGGGAGCUCCCUGAAGGCAGGCACCAGGUUUCAUCAUGCCGUCUUUGUCUUCCUCUCAAAGCCUCCCUUAGUGCAGGCACUCCAAUGUUUUAGGGAUAAAGGAAAGGACAGUAGGGUCUUGUCAUCCCUUCCCUGGCACCUCUGUCCUCACAUAUUAAGUGUCAGUUGCUUGUCUAUUAUGUGUCAGGCUGUACCAUCCUCCACUUGGCCAGGGAGACCUGCCUCAGAAGCAGGGGACUCCAGAGCUGCAGCCAGGGCCUGGGCUGGACAACUGCCCCUCGGCCAGUAUACCAGAGUCCCGAGGUCCCAGGCCACUGUGGGGAGCUUGCAGUGACCAAUCUCCUCCCCUCGGCCUAGGAUUUUAGGCAGGCUCAAACUCUGGGUCUGCCACCUCCCCGUUGGAUGACCUUGUCUCCUGCCCCACCCUGAAAGGAGGCUAUUCUGAGUUGGUCACCGUUUAUGCCCACAAAGGUGACUGUGAAGGAGCAGCAGCCCAGUUGGGUGACUAGACCCCAGAUAAGCCACUUCCUGGAAGAUUUUGGUCCCCACUUCUACUUUGGGGACACUUGUCAUUUGUCGUGUAGUGAACCCUGUCAGAUAUGCUCAGCUGUUUUCCCAGUGCUGUGUGGGCUGCCCUGGGGCGUCAUGCCUCAGACCCGGUUUGGAAUCCCAGCUCUGUCACUAAUUUGCCACUUAACUCUGGUCAAGUGACCUCACCUCCUGAGCCUCAGCUUCCUCUUCUGGAAACGGGAAGUUAUAUCUUGCCUGACAGUGUUGUUUUGAGGCACAGAAGGGACAGCGGAGGUGUGAUUGAAGCCACAGGGAUCUAGAGGCCACACUGGGUGCCGAGGAAGUGGGUGGCACCCACACCCACUGCCCUCCAGCAAAAACUCCCACCGCUGCGAUGCAAGGCUCUGCUGGGAACCCUUGGCAGAGACAUGGAAGAAGAAGCACUGGACCAGGUGUCAGGAGACUAAGGUUCUGGCCUUGACCUGUGUGUGCUCUUGAAGCAGUGGCUCCCCUAUCUGGGGCUCAGCCUCCCCCUCUGCAGGGUGACCACCACUCUGGGCCUGUGGCAGGUGGCAGGCAGUGACAAAGGACUCAGCAUCUGCCUCCUGUCUGGAGGGGACUCUCCAGGGUGCCCAGGCUUGCCCAUAGCCUAGAGGGGCCCAGGGGAGACAUGGAGGCCAUAGGGUCUCAGGCCUCAACCCAGGACUAAUAAAACAUUACUGGCAUGUGGCGAGGGAGGUCGGGAGGGAGGUGGCUCUGAAACCAUCGAGACUGAUUUAUUGGUUAAUUAGUGGGUUUCCACAGCCACAGACUUCCCAGCCGUAUGAACGAUGGGGAAGGAGGGGGCCACAAGGCAGCCAGGCCACUGGGAGGACAGCUGGGGCGCAAGUGUGUCUCAGUUCUCUGGUGGCUGAAAGAACAUCAUAAGGAGCUGGGACCAGGGAAUGGGCUUGACAGCCGGGGGGAGGCCUUCUGGGCCUGCUGGCCUGAGUGCUUGAACAGAACUCUCUUCAGGAAGAGGACUGGGAGCCCUCUGAGAAUUCUAGGAGGCGGGGAGUCUAGUUGGGUGUGAGGAACUCCAGGCUUGGGCAACAGGGCUGACGCAGAAUCAGGGUAACUAUGAAAACUGAAGGAAGAGGCAUAAAAGACGGAGAAGGAGGGGAGAAGAGGCAGUGAGUAGACAGACAGCUAUGGCUUUGAAUCCAACCUCUGCCACAUAAUAGCUAUGGGACUGGGAGUAAAUCACUAAACGUCUCCCAUCCUUGAUGUCCACAUGUAUGCUAUUGUGUGCUGUUGAGUCAAUUUUCCACUCAAAGAGGCCCCAUGUGACAGAGUAGAACUGCCCCUAUAGGAUUUUCUAGGCUGUAAUCUUCUUGGAACCAGAUGGCCAGGUCUUUCUCACACAGAGCCUCUGAGUGGCUUCAAACCCCCAAACUUUCAUUUAGCAGUAGAGUGCUUAACUGUUGUGCCACCAUGGCUCCAUCCUACAUCUAUUAAAAAAAAAAAAAGUUGCCUUCCAGUCGAUUCUGACUCAUAAGUGGGCUAAUCAUAACUAAUUUGCAAUGCUGUUUUGAUGAUUAGAUUGAAGAACAUUACCCAGUGUGAGACACAUAAAUGUUUGCUCUAUUAACUGCAGAGACCCUGGUGCCAUAGUGGUUAAGAGCUAGGCUGCUAACCAAAAGGUUGGUAGUUCCAAUCCACCAGGCACUCCUUGGAAACUCUAUGGGGCAGUUCUACUCUGUCGUAUAGGUCACUAUGAGUUGCAGUCAACUGGACCACAGGUUUUUUUUUUUUUUUUCUAUGAACUGUUUUUAAAUCACCCAGGGCAGGACUUGGAACCAAGGGGCUUGGUACCGGGUGGUGGAGGAAGCAGAGCCUUGAAGGUGCUGACCUAGUUGGAGGGAUGGGCAGAGGAACUGGCUAUGCAGUCUGGGGACUGCCCUGUUAGGGGGGCUGCACCUGGCUGCGUUGAGCCGGAGGUGCCCAUUGGGUUGGAGCCACAGUUCGGUCACAGCUCCACUGUGGAGCUUGGGUAGGUCGCUUUACCUAUUUGAGUGCCCCUGGCCAUGGCCCCAUCCCCUACCCCGGUGGCAUCUGCCUUCGGAGAAGAGGACGGACAGACAGACAGACUGACACCCUGCAGAGUCGGGAGCAAAGUUUAUUCCUGUCCAUGGUUAGAAAGGACUUGUCCGCGGCGGGCAGACUCCUUCCCAGGGCCCUCGCCCCAGCCGCC